GUCGUCGCUGGCCUCCGGCAGCAGCAAGCGUUCGGCAACCUUCGGCUGUUUCCGUCGGGGUCCCGUCCGCCAUUUUGUCUCUCCCUAGUCUCGCCACUUGCCUUACCUGCGCGGCUCCCUGCCCUGCCCCCCCUCCUCCCUCCCUUGGUCGCCUGCGCCUUUUUUAUUGUCCUGCUCGGCGAUGGACGGGAUUUGUUCAGAGGGGGUUGCCACAUGGUCUUCCCUCUGAGGCUGAGAGAGUGUGACAUGAUGCUUUGUGCCUCUCCCCCUUACACACACCACCUCCAAGGAGAAGACACAAUCAAAGGCAACUGAGGGGUUUCAGGCCUCGGCCGUGUAGAAACAACAACAGGGCCUUCCACCAGGGAGGAGAAAUUCCAGUUGUGGUGUGCCUUAAAGUCGAUUCUUGCUUACGGUGAACCUAGCAUGAGGUUUUCUUGGCAGGAUUUGUUCAGAAAGGGUUGCCAAGGCUUUCCUCCUGAGGCUGAGAGAGCAUUGCUUACUGCUUCAUGGGCCUUCAGGUAGAAGGAUGCUGGAGGAAACAGGCAAAUAAAAGCAAUAAGAGGAAAGGGCCAGGCCUCAGCCCAGUGGAAACAACAAUAACAACAGGGCCUUCCACCAGAGAGGAGAAACUCCAGAGUGUGACGGACAGUUGUUGUUGUGUGCCUUCAAGUCAUUUCCAACUUAUGGUGAACAUAUCCUGUGGCUUUCAAUAGUUUCGUUCAGAAGGAGUUUGACAUGGCCUCCUGAGGCUGAGCGAAUGACUUGCUGCUUCAUGGCCUUUCUCCCAAGCAUUGUCACUGAUGUUGCAGUUGGUGUGAAGAGAGGAUCUGACGAGCUUCUUUCAGGCAGUGUACUCAAUAGUCCGAACUCUAACAUGAGCAGCAUAGUAGUUACUGCCAAUGGUAACGACAACAAGAAAUUCAAAGGUGAAGAUAAAAUGGAUGGGGCUCCUUCUCGUGUUCUUCAUAUCAGGAAAUUACCAGGGGAAGUGACAGAAACAGAAGUUAUUGCUUUAGGCUUACCUUUUGGUAAGGUAACCAACAUUCUCAUGCUGAAAGGAAAGAACCAGGCUUUUUUGGAAUUGGCAACGGAAGAAGCUGCAAUCACUAUGGUUAAUUAUUAUUCUGCAGUGACACCUCACCUUCGUAACCAACCCAUUUAUAUACAAUACUCAAACCACAAAGAAUUAAAGACUGAUAAUACACUGAACCAGCGAGCUCAAGCAGUUCUACAGGCAGUGACUGCUGUACAGACAACAAAUACUUCCAUAAGUGGAACUACAGUUAGUGAGAGUGCAGUAACUCCAGCACAGAGUCCUGUCCUUAGAAUAAUUAUAGACAACAUGUACUACCCUGUAACCCUUGAUGUUCUCCACCAAAUAUUUUCUAAAUUUGGAGCAGUUCUGAAAAUAAUCACAUUCACAAAGAAUAACCAGUUUCAAGCAUUGUUACAGUAUGGUGAUCCAGUAAAUGCCCAACAAGCAAAACUUGUAAGUACAGUUGUAAUUAUUAGACUAUAUUGGAAUGACUUGUGUGUGUUUCGUAAAAUAUGCUUUAUUUUAAAAUUAGGGCUUCCUGUUGCAGCUGUUCCAGGAGCGCUGAGUCCAUUGGGUAUUCCAAAUGCUGCUGCUGCUGCAGCGGCGGCUGCCGCUGGCCGUGUGGGUAUGCCUGGAGUUUCAUCUGGCGGAAACACAGUCCUCCUGGUCAGCAAUUUAAAUGAAGAGAUGGUUACGCCCCAAAGUCUGUUUACCCUCUUCGGUGUUUAUGGGGAUGUGCAGCGUGUGAAGAUUUUAUACAAUAAGAAAGACAGUGCUCUUAUACAGAUGGCUGAUGGAAACCAAUCACAGCUCGCCAUGAGCCAUCUUAAUGGGCAGAAAAUGUAUGGAAAGAUUAUUCGAGUUACUCUUUCCAAGCAUCAGACAGUACAACUACCUCGAGAAGGACUUGAUGACCAAGGACUAACUAAAGACUUUGGCAAUUCACCUCUUCAUCGCUUCAAGAAGCCUGGUUCAAAAAACUUCCAGAAUAUUUUUCCUCCAUCUGCAACUCUUCAUUUAUCUAAUAUACCACCAUCAGUAUCAGAAGAUGACCUGCGCAUGCUGUUUGCUAAUACUGGGGGCACUGUGAAAGCAUUUAAAUUUUUUCAAAGAGAUCACAAGAUGGCUCUUCUUCAGAUGUCAACAGUAGAAGAAGCUAUCCAAGCUUUGAUUGAUCUGCAUAAUUACAAUCUUGGAGAAAAUCAUCAUCUGAGAGUUUCUUUUUCCAAAUCAACCAUUUGAAGUGAGAGAUCAAAAUAAUAAGGUUGUAUCACAUUGUUUAGUGUUGUCAUCUAUGACUGUUCGGGAAAGCGGGGACCAGAGAUGGACAUCUGUUUUUCAUGCUGUUACCAUUCCUUGAUUGUUUAUGUAUAAAUGAAAACAAAAACGGAUUUACAAGGAAGAAGCAGUGAUAUUAUCUGCUGGUUUUGCAUAUGUUUAUGAAACCAUUUUGUUUAAAAGGGAUUCUGAGGAAAUCCCAUAGUUUUUCAACUUAGUUAACAUACGUGCCUUAAAAAAGGAAAACCUAGAGUUGCUAGAGUUGCAUUUACUAGUUAAAAAAUUGGUUGUCUGGGGCACAUUGUUACAUGGGAAUUAAUGGGUGCAAUCCAGUGAAUGUUAGGGUUGCCUGCAUCCCACUGAAAUCAGUGAAAUUUUAAAAGAAUGAUUUCAGAGGGACUUUGCUGCACCUAACUUGCAGGAUUAUGCCAAAUAUGUAUUAGGCAGGAGUGUGUAAAAAGGGUUAAGCUUUGUUUCUCCUGCUUGAAAUUUAUUGGCUUUUCAUUAAUCAUUUUUAAGACAGAAUAAGUUGCAUUACUAAAUAAAAAUGCAGCACAUUUUCUUUUUUUCUUUUGAAUUAAAAAAGGGCCUUGUGUAUUCCACCUUUAGUUCUGUUAAGAAUAUACGCUUUAGACUGAGUUAACAAGAUGCAGAGCGUUAAUUUCUUUAAAAGACAGAAAGGUAAUUUCUUUUAUUUUUGUUUGCUCAUUUGUCCUUGUGGCUUCAAGCCACUAGAGAAAAAGCAUUGUAAAGUCUUAACCUUUUUGUACACACACUGGGGGCGUAUCAUAUAAAUGUUGGCACUAAGUAAUGUCUUGUUUGUGGCUGAAUAUUUUUUGUAGAUGUUUUUUGAAGUUGACAUGACUUAUGUGCAUUUAAAUAUAUAUUGCCAUUUUUAGUUAGUAAUUACAAUUUGAAAUAUGGUUGUGGAUUUCUGAGCAUGUGCAGACUGGUCUAGCUAGUUCAGGAGUUGGUGCAUGUAUUUCAAGGAUGAAGAAAGUAUUGCAAACUUUUACAGACAGAUUAAUAAUUUUGUGGCAGUUUUUCUUUAUAAAAACAAAAACAAAACUGACAACCAGGUGGGACCAAAGUUUAUGUGCCUUUAGUCUUAAUUUUCCUUGCAUUGUAAUAUUCAGUUUUAAUAAAUCUCUUCAAAAUAUUUUGUAUCUAGAAAUGGAUCUGACUUUACUAUAAACAUGGCUCAGAAUCUACAGGAAAAAAGUUAAUUUGAAAACAGUUCCUCUGUCAGUCUGGACUGUUGUCUUGAUUCUGUUCAAAUGACCAAUACUUUUUGCAAUUGAUGUACUUAGUUCCAAAAGUCAUAGAUUCUGUUAUCUAUGUAGAAAAAGGUCAUGUAUAUUUUCUAUUAGUUGAGUUUUUACAUCUUUAGAAAUGUAAUAUUUCAGUAUAGUUUGAAAGCGGCACAAUUAAAAAUUAAUUUUCUAACAAA